GGUGUCUACUCCACUAAACUACAUUUUAAUCCAAUAAAAGUACAUACAACCCUAAAACUAGACAUUUUGGUUUCACAACUCCAGUAACAACUUUUUGAGUGAUCAUGGCCGAUUGUCAAUAGAAAACCAUAAAAGAGCUAGACACCCAUGAGUGACCCACAAUAGAAUUUAGGGGGAAGGUGCUCAAAAGUUCAGGCAUUCUGGCACCCCAGGAGGGCUUAGUCGAAGCCCGCUGGUUCAGAACAAGGGAAAAAACAGCAUUUAUAGUCGCUCUACCGUGCAGUGAUGUACCAUGUACAGUACAUGUAGCUAUGCAACUCCCACAAAGGACAGUGGCUGCAUUCAGAAGUGUUGAGCAUUUAGUUGUUGUUUGUGUUGUUGGGAAGAAAAGAUGUCUUCAAGAGUCCACAGAAGUGGCAAGAAGCGGCUGUUGGAAGCGUAAAGAGGUGUAUGAUGGGCUCUUAGAGCAGAUUAGACACUUGUUGGAAUUCCUGAUAAGUUGCCAAGUGAUAAAUACUGCCUAUCCAAACUGAGCACUGAUCAUCGGAGAUUUUUUCCUCAAACAAGUGCAUCUACUGCAGGACAACUCAACUACACGUCGUGAAACUUUUACUGUGGGACUCUUUGGAAGUUUUUGAUAGUUUAACUUUUCCUGGAUACCCAAAGUUGCUGUUGAUGGUUAUAAAUUAAGAAAACAUUGAUGUAUUUAUAGCCACUGCAGUAGAAUUUUUUGGGGGACAGUGAACAAGGAUUUUGGAAAAUAAUGGUCAAGGUUUUAUCAACUCGGGCAGCAAUUUAAGGGUUCAUAAAAAGGAUUCCCCGAUGGAUGGCACAAUGAUAUCUCUCUUCGGGGAUUACAAGCACGGCAGGAGAUUCAAGACAGAGCAAUCACUCCGGGGUGGAAUCCGCCAAGAGAAUGCCGGCAUCAUGCCCACGCUGCUACCCAGAACUCUAGUGCGACAUGAACAUCGCAGGGGCAAGUCCUAUCCCCAAGUUGAGAUGUCCCGGCGACUGCGGUGCACGGCCACCCCGCCGCCAUCCCUAGAAUCUCAGUCCCUCCCAAAGAUAAGCCUCCGAGGGAAUGCCGCCCGACAACAGCGUCACCGCGGCAACCACUCAUCCUCCAAAGGUAAACUGGGAUUGGCCAUCGGCAUCCCAACCAUCAAAUGUCGCGCAACUCAGUCCCUGCCAUCACUGUCCAACUCAAACUCCAGCGGCAAAAGCACUGGAAAGAGAACAAGGAAAGACCAGCAGAGGAGUUCGACCUUUGACCUCUUCCAGACAUCAAGACAAGGUCGGCGAACGGCUGCACACAGCCAAAACUUCAGCUGGGACUUUAGCCCCCGGACUGAAGUUCCAAAGACUUGCAUGGACAUUGAGAACAAUCGUCUUCCUAAACAUGGCGAAAGGAAAGUGGAGACUUCUAGACCGGUACACUUGUACAUGGGUGUUGAAAUGAUGGACAAACUCCUUGAAAAGAGGAAGGGGCUCCGAUCAGAUGAGAUGCUAAAUGAACUUAUUGGACUACCUCCCACCAAAAUGUCGGUAUCUACAAGUCGUGAUAAGAAAAGACCAAAGAGAGAUGACAUUCAAAAACAUGAGACAGUUAAAGAUAGAGAGAGCCAGGAUGCACGGCAACAUCCGAGGGAUGUAGACGAUCAUCAGAAUGCAUCAAACUGCAAGGAGGUAACAACCAAGGAAAGUCCUGGCGUUGAGACACAUGUCAAGACAACUCCUCAGAAACAGCCACAUGAUGGAGACCAAUGUACAUGUAGCAACAAGAUGGAGACAAAAACAGGGACUGCAUCUGGGAAACUGGUGGGGGAGGAGGAUCACCCUGGCAACGAGAUGGAGGGGGAGUUCCAGGAUGAGGAGGAAGAGGAAUUGGGAGGAAUUGACGAUGACGAAGGAAGCAAUGUGUUUGAUGGAUGCGAAGAUGAUAAUGAGGAAGAUGAUGGUGAAGAAAUCGAGGAAGACGAUGGUGAAGAAAUCGGGGAUGAUGAUGUUGAUAGUGAUGAUGAAGGGAGAGGAACGAGCCAAGAUGGGGAUGAAGAGGAUGGAGAGCAAGAAGAGGAGUUUGAAGAUGCGGAGGACUUAGAGGAUGGGGAGGCACAGGGGGACAGUGAGGCUGAAGAAGUUGAAGAAGAGGAAUUUGAGGAAGUUGGGAAUGAUGAAGAUGAUGAUGAUGAUGGAGAGGAGGCUGAGAGGCAAGAUAAGGAUGAAGAUGAUGAUUACGAUGCUGCAGAUGAUGAUGAGCUGGGGGAGGGACAAGGAGGGGAUGGGGAUGAUGAUGAUGAUGAUACUGAUAAUGAUGAGGAUAAUGAAAAUGAUGAUGAAGAAGAUGGGAGGACGGUGGGAGAGGGUGAGAAGGAGGAAGAACUGGAUGAGCUAGAAAACAAUGAUGAUGAAGAUGACGACAUGUCUGAUGGUGAAGAUGAUGACCAAUGAAUAAAACCUUCAUAUUUACAUGUACAUAGAGCUGUGUAGCAAGUCUUUUAAUCAAGUCACAUAAUUUAAUCACAAGUAAAGUCACAGGUUAUUGGAGAUUAUGACAAUUUUUCUUGUGACAAGACUCAAGACUGCAGAACUUGUGAUGAACUUGUCUGUUUGUUGGCUUUUGAGGAUUUUACUACAACUCUGCUUUUAUGCAGUUGCAUUAUGUUAUAUUAUAUUUCUGAAAUAUUUUAACAUUUAUAAAUAUGAUUAUCUAUAUUUUGCAUAUGUAUGUUCAGACAGCUAGUAAUAUUAUGAAAAGUACAAUUCUCAAAAGCAGCAGAGUUACUCAACAUGUAAAGUACAUAAAAUUUCAACGGUCACUGUUGGUUGUACUCAGAGUAUUCGUUUGCCAAGCAAACAAUUUGCAUAUUAACAUGAGGAUGAUGUUAAAUUCAAUACAUUGGUAAAAUCCUCGCCUCUUUUUUCUUUAAAACCAAAUUUCAAAAACAAAAGAAUCUAAAUUUACAUGAAAAUAGAUGUCUUGAUGGCUGAAUACAUGUAGAAAACGGUUAAAAAUGUUUUUUUAAAAGCCACCUCAUCUGAUUUCUGAGGCAGCAACAAAAAACUGCUGGCUGUUCAGAUUAGAAUUCAUACUCGUCGCGAAAGCAAACGGGAUUGCAAUUUGUGCCGUCACGGCAAGUGUUUGCGUCGUGAAUUCGCAAUUUCAUUUCAACUCCAGGGAAUUUUUCAACAACUGUUUCACGACGUCAAAUGAGUAUGUAAGUGUAAAGCGAUGUUCUGGGAUUUCAAUGCAAAAGCUCUUCAUCUGAAACAGACUCCUGUUCACGCAGACUAUAGUGGUCACUAAAAAAUGUUCUAUAACAAGUGGUUUGGCUUUAAACUACAGUUAUGUACAUGUAGAUCAAAAAGGUUUAUCAUCACAUUUUCCAAGUGUUGUGCAUAUAUAUUUCCAAUUUGGACUGAGAUUUCAACCAGGAAUAAAGACUGCAGUGGACCAGUUGUGCAUUCAGAUCAAUUUGA